AUGAAUAAUGAGCCCCUGCACAGAAAUGAAACAAGUGUGAAGGAAAACUGCAGUAAAAUUGAGGUGAAGAAAGAAGAAAAAGAUGUAAUAACAGACGAAGAGAAAUGUGGUGAAAGUCAAGCUACUGAAAUAGAAGAGGAAGAUGCAAGCAAGGAAGAAUGUAGAGGACGGAGAAAAAAUGAUGCAGUGAUUAUCGAUGGUGUAGAAAUUCUUGAAGCUAGUGAUUCUGUGAACUUAGAGGAAAACCCAGAGCUACGAAAAGAUGAUAGUAAAAUUGAUGAACAACUAGGUAAAAAUGAAUUUGAGGAAGAUUGUCAAAGAAAGGAGAAAAGUAUGUCACUAGUUUCAAACGAUUGCACAGAGGAAUAUGUAGCAAAUGAAGAUGGUCAGCAAAGCGGGAAGGAAAAUAGAAUUAGUUAUGUGGAAAAGAAACAGUUUGGAAACACAGGGGAAGAUAAAAGGAACGCCGAUAAGUCUCCCAAAAAUGAACAACAAUCAAUGCUAGAAGAAACAAUAGAAGAAGUAGCUGCUUCUAAGGGUGGGGUAGGUGAUGGUCCAGAAUGUUUAAACAAAGAUAAGGAACAUGACAAUUUAGAGAAGGAGAAUGAAGGUGCCAAGGAAGACGAUAGCAAACCUCCGGAUUCACCUAUUCCUCAGGAGUCAAAUAGACGUAAAAAUAGAAACGAAGAUGGAGAGAGACCUAAUCUUGAAAAACAGGAGUGUGAGCGGAAAAAGCUAACCCGGAAAAAACCUUCUAGUUGUCAGAUUCUUCCAUAA